CCAAAACAAAACAGAGAAAAAAAAAAUCAAUCGUUUCUAGGUUAGACAAAACUCGAAAAAUAAAAACAAAAAUUGCAAAGUGAACUUUUUUAAGAAAAAAAUGUCCCAAAAAGGGAAAUGUAGCGUUAAUUCUGAUGGCAGUGUGUGUUUAAGUGAUAUUCUGAGUUCCUUCAAUUCCUGUAUCAAGGAGGAACAUGCCUGGGCUUUGUGCUAUCAGAUUUCCAAAUAUUUUUGCGAGCUUUUGUCAGCACAGAGAGAGCACUUGCAUAAUAUCACCGAGGUACAGCAUGUCUUCCUUAAAACCGACGGUACUAUACACGAAAAUACUUGUUUGGCCAGACAGAAACCUAGAGAAUUACUGCGUUGUGAAAAGGACGUAGUAGCAGGCAUAGGCAUAGUGAUUUAUGCCACAUUAGAUCACGAGUUCAACGAAGGCGAAGAAGUGAUUAUCAGUAACGAGCUUGAACAAUUAAUUACUGAUAUGAUUUCUGAUGAUGUGAAUGGCAGUUUGCAGGCCCAUCACGAAACCGACGAUGAAGGUAUCGAAAGGGAUUCGGAGGAGCACUUUGAGGCUGGCCCUUCAAAGUGCAACAGUGGAGAAACUAAUAAGUUGAAUUUGGUUGAGGUUAUAAGAAGAUGUGAAGCGCAUUUGGGUACUCUUACCAAAGCCCAAGCGGAAGCUCAUUAUAAAGCUGUAGUAAGAGCAUUGGUAGCUGAAGCCAUUGAAUUAUCGACAUUUCUCGAAAAAGUGGCUCAAGGCACUAUUAGCCUACCUUCGAGCUCCAACAAUUCAAAUUUGGACGAGCUGAAAUUUACAGAUUGGGCCAAGUUUUGGGUGCAAGUUAUGGGUGUAAAGUUAAAGAAAGUCAACUACAGUAAAGCACCAAUAGAGUAUGAGCUGACUCCUUACGAAAUACUAAUGAAAGAUAUCAGAAAUUGCAAAUACAAUUUGAGAAAAAUCAUGAUUAAUGGUAAUAUACCUAAUAGGGUUUCCAAGGAUGCGCAUGCCAUUAUUUUGGACUUUAUCAGAUCCAGACCCCCUUUGAGAAAAGUUUCGGACCGUAAAUUGCCCCCUCAGCAACGGACGUUGACGCCUAGAGAACAAUUACUUUUGUCAAUCAAAAAAGGCAGAAAAUUGAAGCCAGUUCCAAUGCCAAGGGCAUCUCGUUUUAACAUAGAGCCUCCAAAGGCGGCAGGUAGAAAGCUGCUAAAAGUCGAUUUUUCUUUGUUCGAUGACGACGACGACGAUGAAGCUUCCAUCGCGGAAACGCCAGAUUCCAGCGAACCUGGUCUAUGGUCGACAGAGUAUCAACAAAUUUGCGAUGGCACUUUGGACGCCUACGACUUGGCAACUGAGGAUUUAAGCACUUUGAGCUUGAGGAGAAAUACAUUAGGUGUUACAGAAACACCUUUAGGUUGUUAUUCAGUGCCCCAAUCACGACCAGGCUCGAGACAAUCCUGCAACAGUACCGAAUCAGAAACAAUGGCCAUGGAACCUGAGGUAGCUCGGGCACUUCAAGAAGAGCUGACCAGUUCACAGAGAUGGCAAGACACUAUUUCUCUGGACGACCGUUUGUCUUUGACCCUAUCCGAAAUCGUACACAUCCGCACCGUGCUCACUAAAGCCGAGGUGGAGGCUCUGCCCACCGAGGGCAGAGUGCGGCACGACGUGGAAAGCAGAAAAGUUUGUUUUUUGUGUUUGAAAACCCGAUUCGGUAUAUUCGGGCCUUGGGGCCAACGAUGCGCCCUCUGCAAGCGCACAGUGUGCACCAAAUGUUAUUCGAAAAUGAAUAUUCCCAUGGAGCAUUUCAGUAGCGUUCCGGUUGUAUUGUUGAGUCCCAGCAUUUUGUGUACACCUGAAGAUGAUCAUAGGAGUGGCAACUCUUCUAGAGCUGUUUCCAAAGAUAACAGCCCUUCUGCAUUGAUGGAAGCCAGCACUAUAAGUGACCCUGGUAUCACUCAACCUGCGAUUUACAAGUUUCGCACAAAUGCCACUAAUGUUGCUAGGGCUUCUAGAGUAGUGGAUAGAUUAAAGGGUUCUCAAAUGGUUGUAUGUCUGGACUGCAAAUUGAUGGUAUUGCAAAUCAUCAAAUCGGCCAGAGCCAAUCGUUCUGCCAUCAGAAACAAGACCUUGCAAAGUUUGACGUUGAACUUAUCUCCGGUAUUUUAAAUUUUUGUGGAGGGAUUUCAUUUCGGAUGGCAGGAAGCUGAAAAAAUCAUUGACAGUAGACAAAUUUUAUUGAAUAUCUUGUUAACAAAAAAUUAACAAAAAUUUUCUUUCACCUUUGUAAAUUACUCUGGCCUAAUUUCAACUCUAGAUGGUUUAACCCCCUUGUAAAAUCAUAAACAUAUUCAUAAAUCUUCCAUAUUUAAUGUUUCUAGAGACGCUCCAAUCAAUGGUUACUAUUGAUAUUUUGUUCAUAUAUGCCUCCAGCUUUUUAAAACUGCACCUACAGAAAUGGAGCAUAAAUUUCCUCCAACUAUAGCUACUUUCAGCAGGCCAAAUGGAAACCCUUCUAAUAUUUAUUGUGAUAUUUGUUUUUAAUGUUUAAUGUGUUUAUUCAAGAUUGAGAUAGCUUUCUUCGUUCAAUUGAUCCAAAGAGUAUUAUUUUAUUCAAAGUACUUAAUAAUGUUAAUGUUAGGAUUAUGUGAUAGGUAGUUAAAAAAAAAAAAAUAUAUAAUUGUUUAAAUAUGGAGAUUUCUUCCAAACAAAACUCUAAAGUGCAGAUUAUUUAUUUAGGAAUAAAUUAUUGUUGCACAACAUACAUAAAUGAUAAAGACUCGCACCAAAGAUUUUUUUAAUUUGUUACGUUAGGACAGUAUUAUUUUUUUUUAGCAUGCUGAAUCAAAGAAUUUAUUACUAUCUAGUGAAGUAUAUAAUGGAAAAACCCCCAUAAGUAGUGAUUGAAAUUUGAUUCGGGCUCCUCAUAACUUUUACGCUUUAUUUGAAAUGGAUAGAACAAGAUUAUAUUUAAAAGAAAAAUGUAGAAAAUUUUAUUUUGAUAACUGUAAUUUUAUUGUACAUCAUUUGUCUUUUAACUAAGAUAAUUUAAUAAAUACCUAUGCUGUGUUAAAUUAAGUUUUAUUUGAAACUGUAGAUUAAUGAUUAAUCUUACAUAGAGUCCUAAAAUUAAAACUAUGAACAAUAUUUUAGUCAGAUCAGAUUAUUAAAUAAAAAUAGGGAAUUUAAACAAAAAAAUGUGACUAAAAACUCAUCAGGCUGAACUCCUAAUUUUAACUGGGUUUGUUUGACACUCACAAAAGCGCGGGAUGUAUGCACCGGCUUCUAACGGAGAACGGAAAGUAUUUACUAGGCUUGCAAUAAUGCCACUUUUACGUAAAAACAUUUAUUUUUAUAAUAGACACAUUGCUUGCCAAAGUUACCCCUUUAGGCAAAGUAACCCCACUGUACGGUAUCUUGGAAACAAAUUAAGUCAGUGCGAGGUGUACCAAAUAACCUUUAUUGUAUGUAGCCCUUAUUAAGAUUUAAAAAUAAUACGGAAUAUAGUUUUGACUGUGCAAGAUCUGAUUAAAUAAAGCGAAACUUAUAAGUUGGAGUAUUUAUUUGAAAA